GGGAAAACCUGAAAAUAUGAUCCCUAAAGGCCCCCCAAAGCAGAAGGCAAAGACCCAAAUUUUAAAAAUGCCAGGAAAUUUUUAAAAGUGCUGAAGCAAAUCUCAUGGUUUUUUGGCGGGGCUGAACUAAAAACUUUUUUGACACUGUGAGAUUAGCAAUACUGGAUCGAUACACUGUAUCCAUUCGGUGCCAUACGUGAAUAGCACUGAAAUAGCUCUAAGAUGCAUCUUAUGAACUUCAUAGAGUCUAGUAGCUCCUUGGACAGUUCAGGCUAGUGCUUCAGUCUGAACUUGCUAUGCCCACACAUUACAGUGCAUGAGCUUAUAUGGUCCCUAAUGCCUAGAUGCUGUAGCAGGAGCUAAAGUAAAGAAGUUAUGCCAGCUUCACGGACAGUUCCCUAGCUCUGAGAGAUGUAAGCCAGGCUCAGAACCUCCUGUAGGAGGGUGGGAGCACCUUCUGCACAAUCAUUGCUCAGCUGACUGAGGAGACCCAGCCGCAGUUUGAAACUACCCUCAAAUCUCGUGCUGUAUCUGAGGACUCUGAUGCCAAAUUCACAUGCAUAGUAACAGGAUACCCCCAGCCAGAAGUGACCUGGUAUAAGGAUGAUGAGGAGAUGGACCGAUACUGCGGCUUACCGAAGUAUGAGAUUUUCCGACAUGGAAACCGCCACACCCUGCAGUUAUACAAAUGCAGAGAGGAUGAUGCGGCCAUUUACCAGGCCUCUGCUAGGAAUACCAAAGGCAUCGUGUCCUGUUCCGGUGUCCUGGAAGUGGGAACCAUGACGGAGUAUAAAAUACAUCAGAGGUGGUUUGCCAAACUCAAGCAAAAGGCUGAAGCCAAGUUGCAUGAAAUAGAGCAGAGCCGAAAACGAGGGAAAGAAAACAUGGAGGUGGAGAAGCUGAGGACAAGUCCUGAGAGAUUCCAGCGAAAGCGCCGGCUGACUGGGGAUCUGAACCUGCGUUCAGGUGUCUCCCUUUGGGAGAAGGAAGAUGUAGCAAAGGUGCAUGUUGCGGAUCCUAAGUCAAGGUUACGGGAAGAUGUUGCUGAGCCCAAGGAGCCAUCCUUAAAUGCAACCGCUGAAUUUUCAAACAACUUCCUAACAAGGCCUCUGGAUGCAGAGGUGACCACCAAUGGAGACUCCUCUAUGGAAAGUGGGGAGGAAAAUGGAAAUAGCUUUUUCACAUACAUCUAUGAAACGGUGGAGGAAAUAACUACCAAGCCCACCACCAGAGAGUCCUUUGCUAAAAAGAAGAAAAAGAAGGGGGAAGAACCUGCUGCUCUCUUGGCAGCAAAACAGGAAGUUUCAAGUCAAGAAAAUGGGCUGAUAGAGAGCCAAAAUCUCUCCCAAAGUCAAAGAAAUGCCCCUUCUGUUGCCCUGCCAGGGAGCAUGCAGUCAGUAGCUGCAAUCAGCCAGCUGGUGGGAGACGUUCCAGAAGUCAAAGAACUUGGAACGCCCAGCAGUCAGGAUGCUGAAACUGGCAAACCUCAGCCAUGUUCCCUGCCUUCCAGGGGUGACACUUACUUCUCCUUGACAGAGAUGUAUCUUGAGAGUGGAGCAAAACAUGUAAUGGAAGAGAAGAUGCCACAAGCCCCAGAAGAAGCCAAGAAUGGGGCUCAGCUGCAGUCUCCGGCUGUGAACAUUAACAGGCAAAGAGAAACUCCUCCCCCAGCAUCUGAGGUGUUCCUGGUAGGGGCUGUGGCAGGAAAGGAGCAGAAAGGCCAACCUGUGGAACAGGAACUGGAGGGGAAUGAGGCCAUAGGUACAAAGUUAACCAAAAAGGAAAGUGAACUGCCUGGGAAUUUAAACCAGAAGAGAGUUGAGCCUCCUAGCAGGACCCUGGAACUGAGCUCUGAGAUGCGGCACUCCCUCCUAAUGGGAAAUGCAUCAGGGACUCCUUGCAUCUCCUCAUGCAAAAACGUCCAAGAAACAGACUUGCUGGACUCUGUACAACCAAACACCAAGCAGCCCUUUCAGCAUACUACUCCAUCUCUGAAUCAAGUGGCCCCGUGUCUGGAUGGGUCCCAGCUGAGACAGGAGGCAGGAGGAAGCUUGCUUCAGGGCUCCUUGGAAGAACAGGUGGUCUUCAAAGUGCCGUGUGAGGCUCAGGAGGCAGGGAAGCAGGUGUUGUCCUCAACCAGCAACCUGAAACAUUCAGCGUUGGAGCCAACGGAGGACACUAAUCCUCAAGCCAGCCAAUUAAAGGAGCUCACAAGAGGGAAGCCCAUCUGCAUGGAGAGAGAGACAGAGCAGUCUGAACAGCCAGCCAGCCCGAGGCCACGAGGAACAGGGAUGCUGAAAAUAAGCCAAGAGAGUUCACAGAGGCCUCCUGCUGGUUCUCCUGGCCUCACACAGCCCAGCUGGGUGGAACAUCCACCUUGGAAAGAGGAGGGAGCAGGGCAUUCUCUGAAUUUCCCAGGCAAAGAGACCCAGGAAAGACCAACUCCAAGAGAGGAGAAUGAGGAGCUAGCUACAGCUGGGUCAGCAUUGAAGAAAGCAAGUAGUAUGCCUGGAGGCAAAGCCCCACUUAAACCACCUGCCUGCUGGAGUGGAAUGGGGGAGGGUGAGAAGAUUGCUCAGCCAUUAACUGCAGAAAAAGAGCCAGCUGGAAGCUGGUUAGGGGACAGCUUGUCCUGCACAGAGGUAGAGGAAAGCCCUGUGGAGCCCUCCCAUGAGACCUCACAGCAAGCAGCUGGAGUGGUGGGUGGGAUGUCCUGGGUGCCUAAACAGGCAGCUCCGGUCUCCACCCAAGUGAGUAAGGAAGAGCUGUGUCCCGUUGCCAUUGCAAAGAUCUCCGAGUCCGUGGAAGCACCAGGCUCAGCUUCCCCUUCUCCAGUCAAAGAAGCCCCUGCUGAUGGGAAACAAUCGGCAGCCCAGCUGCCAGGUGACGUGAAAAGAGAAAUGGAGACUAGGAAAACAAAUGAAUCUGCACCAAUGCUGGCUGCCACGCCUCACCGCGAGCGGUUUCCAGUCAGCACCGCCAUGGAGCGCAGUGCCAAGCUGGCACCUGUGUCACUGACUCCUGAGAGUGGGGAGGAAAGUGAGCAGAGAGCUGUGACACCAGGCAAAGAGCCAGCAGCUGCAGCUGAGAGAAGCAGCAUAACCUCUACAGGUACAUCUGAACUGAAAACGGAGGUGCCACUCGCUCCGCGGGCUGAAGAGAGAACUCCAGAUGGGGAGGUAUCCCUGGAGCACAAAGUACAGCACAGAAACCUAGUGUCAUCCUUGAAGAAUUAUUUACUUCUGCUUUUAAAAAUGUCCUCGUCGGAGCCAGAUAAAAGUAAGGCCCCCAUAAAGAAGGACACUGAGACUGAAGAGGAGGGGAGCCAGCCUGCUGGGGAGGAGAAAGCACUGCUGGAAGUGGGCAUUGCAGGGCUAAGCCCCAGCACAUCAAGGAAAAUCUUAGAAAGGGUGCAAAAUAACCAACUCUUCCAAAGUGCAGAGAGCUUGCAUUUAAGCCCCAGAACGUCUAGAAGGCUCACGGGAAUGAUUAACCAAGAGUUAGUUACCAGCAAAGAGGCUCUGGGUAUCAGUCCUUUAGCAUGUAGGACGCUGCCAGCCAGGGAAGCAUCUGAACCAGAACGGUCUGCCCUGCUCUCUGUCCCUUCUAUCGUGGUGGGUAACGUGCCCCUGGAGGGAACAGGCCAGGCAGACGAUGGACUUUCUGAUCUGCAUCUCGAAAGCAGCACGAAGGAGAACUCCAGUGACCUGGUUGCAGCAUUACCUUGUGCCACACCAGAGGAGCUUGCCUCCGGGGCUCGACGCAAGAUAUACUUAGCCAAAAGCAAGCAGCUGGAGGAGGCAGAGGCUGCAGCCUCGGAGAGCCAAGUGUAUCUGAAGAGGGACAGCCCUACUGUGUCUCCCCGACAGUCCAGGAAGAACCCAGCUCUGUUACAAGCCCCUGUCCCAACUCUGUCUCCUCCUAUGGACCGACACUCCCCAACCCUCCCCAGAAAGAUGGCGACACUUGAAGUUCCUAAGGUGUACGAGGAGCCCUCAGAGGAAAGCAGUAGGACCCCGGAAGGCCCUGAAGGCACCAAGCAGGAAGGACAGGCAGAGGAGUCAAGGAAAACAAACAACCCAUUUAAAGCCCCCCAGCUGAUUCGUAAGAUCAGAGCAGAACAAUUUUCUGAUGCAUCAGGAAACCUGAAACUUUGGUGCCAGUUCUUCAAUAUUUUGAGUGACUCGAAGCUGACGUGGUACAAGGACGAGUUCCCUGUAGCAGAAGCCAGACGGAGCUCAGGUGAUGAGGGGCAGGCAGCCCUGGCCAUUGUGCAGGCAUCCCGGAAGGACUGUGGCGUGUACCAGUGCACCAUCGAGAAUGAGUAUGGCACCGACUCCACCGACUUCCUGCUCAGUGCAGAAGUGCUGUCGGGAUUUGUCUCCAGAGAAGAAAUUGAAGUCGGCGAGGAGAUCGAAAUGACCCCCAUGGUGUUCGCCAAGGGCCUGGCCGACUCAGGCUACUGGGGGGACAAGUUCUUUGGGCGCGUUGUGAGCGAGGACGCAGAGGUGGGCGCCAGCUUCCUGCGCAAAGCCUGGCGCGCCAGGAUAAUCUACGGCCUGGAGCCCGUCUUCGAGUCCGGCCGGACCUGCAUCAUCAAAGUGCACAACCUCAUCGUCUUCGGGACCAAGAAUGAGAACACACUCAUCGAGAAGAACUACGACAUCACCAUCCAGGAGUGCAAAAUCCAGAACUCGAGCCGGGAGUACUGCAAGAUCUUUGCUGCUGAAGCACGGGCCAUCCCAGACUUCGGGGCAGUGCCUGAGAUCAUCCCUCUGUAUCUCAUUUACCGACCUGCCAACACUGUCCCGUACGCCACCAUCGAGGAGGACCUGGCAGGGCCCUUUGAGCGGUACUGCAUGAAGGAGCGGGACGGCAGCCUGGCUGUUCAGAGCAGCUCAGAGAUUGCGCAAAAGUGCUGCACUUUCCAGCACUGGCUCUACCAGUGGACAAAUGGAAACAUCCUUGUGACCGACAUGGAAGGCGUUGGGUGGAGGAUCACAAACGUGAGGAUAGCUACAAAGCUGAAAGGGUACCAGGGGCUGAAGGAGAGCUGCUGCCCGGCCCUGCUGGACCAGUUUGCUGCUGUCCACCAGUGUAACCGCUAUUGUGAGAUCCUGGGCCUGAAGAGUCUGGAGAGCCUGCAGCAGCCAGCCAAGCCCAAGGGCUCCAAGAGCCCCUCCCUGGGCAGGAAGGCCCCCUCAGCCCAGUCCAGCCCCCAGCUGCAGAAGAAAGGCCUGGCAAGCCCCCAGGGCACCCGGAAGGGCGCCGUGAGCCCCAAAGCCUCCCGGAAAUCCACUGAAGCUGGGGAGGCCCAGCCCGCCCCGAAGCACAAAGCGCUGGAGAGCGACAGGCCCAGCCAGCUGCAGUAGCCAGAGCCUCGGUGCAGCCACGCAGGCAGCAUGCCGCCGUGCACACCUGGAAAGGGGACCCAGACGCUGCUCCUUCCUGUGGCUCCCAGCACGCCCCUGCGCUGCGCUCUGUGUGGUGUGCGAGUGAAGCAGUGACUAGGCUGGCGCCAGUGCGGGGGGCCCUGGGUAGCCUAGUGGGCCGGAGCUGGCUCGGUGCAUGGCGGGGCCUGCACAGCCGCUGCAGGGAGCAUGGCAGCUCAACUCUGUUACCUCUUUAAAACAACAGCUCAUCCAGGCCGGCCGAGCCUGCCAAGCCCCAGCUGCCAGGGCCAUGCAGGCAUCACAGUGCCCUGUGCAGAGGGUAUUGGGGCAGUGUGCCAGCCUGACCACCAGGGGGCACUGGUCAUUGCCUGAUGGUGACCCUGAGGCUCAUUUUCUGAAUCCCUCCUUUAGACUGUACCGGCUUUUCUCUGGCUCUGCUCCAAUGCCUGGCCCUUGUGUUCUCUGCUGGCGACCCCUGGAGGAGAGCGAGCAGCUGGUGCUCCUUUGUGUGCCACUAGGAAUGUGCCGCUCUACCCUGCCAGCCUGCAGCUGUCUACAGUGCACUGACCCUGCUCGGGCAUGGGUGCCACAAAGGCGUGGUAGCUCUUGGGCCCCCCCGGCUCGCAGCACCUCCUGGUGUUUUCCCUACACAUGCCCAGCGGAAAUCCCUGACCCCAGGUCCCUAAUGGGCCAUACACAGGCCCUACUAACCUCUGCUGUAGCUUCCCUGAGCCCGGCUAGUUCAGCACCUCUCUCCGGUCCCACCCCAUGCCCAUUACCUACUGACUACUCUGUAGGGAGAGCAUGGCUAGACAGGCUGCUUGGUCCCUUUUUGCCCCGUGGGGAUGGCCGUGUGUUUUCUGUGAUUCCCGGGCCUGGAAAGUCUGGCAGCAUCCAGCCCUCGCUACAGAACCAUGUGGCAGAUUCUUCGCUUUCCCUGAUGCAAAGCAGUGCAAAGCCAAUCUUCCACGUGUGCUUCACGUCUUACUAAUGCAGCAUUGUCUGCCUGAGUUUGCGGGGGGGGGCGCGUUGCCCGGGGCCUCUCAGCUGGGAGUGUUUAAGUUUGGAGUCUAUCGGGCGCAAUUAAAAUAUCACCACUUAGUUCCCUGCCGAUUAUGGUAGUGGAAGUGCUUGGGGUGUCUGUGUUGCAAUGUGCCAAUCACAAUGGUAGGUGGGUGCCAGUCUAGCCAGCACAGAGGGGCGGGUGGGGGGAGUUGAAACCUCCUGCUCCUGUGAAAAAAUAUUUCACAUCUUCUCCAAGGGGAGAGGGAACAGCCCACCCCUGCCAGCAGAGCCAGUACACUCUGCAGCAUCCUCGCUGGCAGACCCAAAGCAGCUUUCCCUGCACCCCAUCCUCAUGCAGCCCUGGGCACUUGGAUCACUGCAGGAUUGGGCUGGGAAGAAAUAACCCAGCCUUUCCCUGACCAGGUCAAGCCGCACCCUGUUGUCCUCAGGCCCGUAAAAGUCACGGGCUGGGCCACAGCGUUGGGUGUGUUUUGCCACAGUGUCAGUGUGGGGUAUGCAUUGGAGCUAGCCCCUCUCUGUGGAGUGUAGGGAUCAGGGUUCUGUUCUCCCAGGGCAGCAGGACGUCCCAGCGAGGCAGCCCUGAGUGGGGUUAAGAUUUAAUAGUGGCCUUGCCCCUUGACCUGGUGAUGCUGCCAUAGCACAAACCGGAUUUAAAGCUGCCCUAAAGCAGAGCUGAGAAUUCCCCAUUGUAUGCAAGUCCUGCCCUGUGCUCCCCACCUUCCCCAUCUGCCAGCAUAGGGAUGGCGCCACCGAUCCUGGCCAGCAGAGAGGCUUCUUGGGAGCUGGUUCAAGUUAGUGCAGCCUCAAGGCUGUUCUACCUCAUGCUGGGGGUGCCAGUUCAGCCCCCAGGCUCAGCGGUGGAAAGAUGGCACAUUCCCUAUCUCCCCUGUAUGCCAAGAGCUGCUCUGGUGCAGCUGGGCAUCUAGCCCAGUAAUUUAGCAUUCAGCUGGUCUUAUCGCUCACCCCUUUGGAUCCAGGGAGGGUCUGAACCCACCUUCCCAGCUGUGCCAUGUUGGCUCUGCCCUGCCUCUACACACCCUCCCACUCCUGGGAUCAACAGGCGAGUCCUUCCUUUGCCUCCGAGAGACAACCCCAGCCCUGCCUGCCUCUCACCCCCCAGGCCUGUAAGCCCUGCCCCCACAGGCCUCCAUUCUUCUGGUUUGUCUCUAGGUCUCGUGGCUUCAGUGCUGGCGAUGUAGCUGCGCUGGGGGCGGGGAACAAGAUGUGCCUGCUGCUUACGCUGCCAGACUUUGGCUCAGGCACAAGUUCUCUUGGCUACUGCCUCCCAGUGUGGCUGACAGCGGGGCUGUGGCCUUGUUUAAAGGGGCAGACACAGGCCAUGUGCUCUCUUCUUGCUUCUUCAUGGCAGAGUAUGGGGGCCUGUUUGUUCCAUUAGAAUGCAGGUCCUGUCUGGGCUGGGGAAGCGGUGAAGUGAGGGCAUCACAACAGCCGAGCAGCAGGGGCUUGUUUGCAUUAGUGAUUUGCCCGCAGGUUGGUUGGUUGCUUAUUGCCUGGGGGUGUCACAGCCACAGUGUUUGUGGCUCACCCUAGGGCUCGGCCUAGGCAAGCAAGUCACUGGAGGUGAAACUUUAGUGGAGACAAGCCUGCUCUGUGAGUGUGAGCCGCUGUUCGGUGCCCUUUGGUUGGUGUGUUGGUAACCGUGCUAACGACCCCGGAGCAGGGAAGGCCUUCCCUGUAGUGACGGGGUUACGGGCUCACAGCAGCCAGCCUGAGUCUUCCCAACAGCCCUGGCAGGGCAAAGCCCCACAGCGCAGAUACGGCCUUGGCUGCUCCUGCAGGGAAAGUGCAAGCAGAGCCAACCUUGGAAACAAAACAGCCCCCACCCUUCUCCUGCACAAAGCUGCCAAAAGCCCGGGUUUGCAAACCCCCAUAGGCCUCAUCUUCACCAGGAAAGGAGGUGUGAUCUUACCGCGAGCUAGCUAACAUGAGGGGAAGCCCUAGUGCAGACAUGUCUGGGGGUAGUUUUCACAUGAUUAUCUCGACCUGCUAUUUUGUGUGAAAGCUACACGCUGCCUUGGCUGCUCUAGGGUUGAGCCUGGUAUUUGCUAACCCUCCUGCUCGGAUACCGCUGGCAGCUGACAUAGUGCCCCAGCACAGGGAGCCACUUGUAACAGGCACAGCUGGAUUUCCUUCUCCCUCUUGAGCCCUGCUCAAGGGGGGACAGGGAGGGCUCACAUUUGGGCUGUGUUUUACGAGAAGGAAUAAACAGUAGCUCUCUUGCUGUGAAUGCCUAGCAGCGCCAAGGCACAGGGAGCAGUUGUUACUGCUGUGUAGCUGGGGAGGUCAGUGCUGGCCCCCCCGCAGGUGCCCUUGCCCUAGCUGCACUGCGGUUAAAGCUACCCCCGCCUUGUCUCCACUAGGCUCCCACAGGAGCUAGCUCGGGCCUGUUAACUCACAGUAAAAGUUCACCUCUUCUAGCAGUGACCGCAGGCUGAGCCGCCUGGCUAGUGCAAUUAAUGGUCCGUCUGGGCCAGCGCAGGGGGAGGGGAGCUGUUGAGGCCUUGUCCCGUUGGGCUCAGAGCACAGAAUAGCUGUGACCGUGGG